AACAGCAUCUGUCCACCAUGGCCCUUGCGACAAGCCUGAGGGGAGCUGGCCAGAACGCCAGGACUUGCUUCCGGGGGCGGGGCCGGCUGAGUGAGCCGCUCACUUCCUUCGCGCCUGCGCCGUGGGCCCCUUCCGCCGCUACGUUUGUGGCGGUUUAUUGGAUGGGGCAUGGUGCUCUUUAACUCUUGAAAGAGAUGCGCUCAGACGCAACAGUCAGGGCCUGCCACAAAGUCUGCAGGCGACUGUUGUCUGGGUCGGGGGGUCGAAUAGGUGGUGGGCAGCCUGCGCCAUUGACGGAAAGGAGUAAGUCCCUCGGAGGACACCUACGGUCCCGCAUGGAGCGUCCCCCGGAGAACGAGCAGACAGAGGGUAGUGAGGCGCUGCUAGAGGUCUGUCAGAGGAGGCAUUUUCUUAGCGGAACCAAGCAACAGCUUAGCCGAGAUUCUCUUCUGAGCGGGUGUCACCCUGGCUUUGGAUCUCUGGGUGUAGAGUUGCGGAAGAAUCUGGCCGCACAAUGGUGGUCCUCCGUGGUCGUGUGCAGGGAGCAGGUUUUCGCGGUGGGCGCCCUGCACCACGGCCCAGGCCCUUCGCUUCCCGAGGACAGGGCCUUCAGGUUAGUUUCUGCAGAAGCUCUACGUGAAAUCUUACAAGACAAAGAACUGAGUAAGGAACGGCUAGUAGCGUUGCUUGACAACUUAUUAAAAACUUCUGGGACGCUACGGGAGAAUCUUCUUCACGGUGCCUUGGAGCGCUACAUUAACUGCCUAGAUCUGGUAAACAAGAAGCUACCUUAUGGACUUGCUCAGAUUGGAGUGUGUUUUCAUCCUGUUUCUUAUGCUAAGCAGAUACCUGAUGGUGUUCAGAGAAUUGGUGAGAAGACCGAAGCUUCAUUGGUAUGGUUUACUUCUUCGAGGACUUCAAACCAGUGGCUUGAUUUCUGGUUGCGUCAUCGACUGCUGUGGUGGAGAAAGUUUGCCGUGAGUCCGUCUAACUUCAGCAGCAGUGACUGUCAGGAUGAAGAGGGACGAAAAGGAAACAAACUUUACUACAGUUUUCCUUGGGGAAAAGAGCCAAUAGAAACGCUGUGGAAUCUAGGAGAUAAAGAACUCUUACACAUGUAUCCCGGAGAGGUGGCUAAAUUACAUGGCCGAGAUGGGCGGAAAGCUGUGGCUCCUUCCGUUGUGUCUGUAAGCGGGAAUCUAGACCUAGGCAUGCUGGCUUACCUCUACGAUUCUUUCCAGCUCACAGAGAACUCCUUUACAAGGAAGAAAAAUCUUCACAGAAAGGUACUUAAACUUCACCCCUGUUUAGCCCCUAUUAAAGUUGCUUUGGAUGUAGGAAGAGGCCCAACUGUGGAACUGAGACAGGUUUGUCAAGGGCUAUUUAAUGAAUUACUGGAAAAUAGAAUCUCUGUGUGGCCUGGUUAUUUGGAAACUGUACAAUCCUCACUGGAACAACUUUACUCAAAGUAUGAUGAAAUGAGUAUCCUCUUCACGGUUGUGAUUACUGAGACUACUCUGGAGAAUGGAUUGGUGCAUCUGAGGAGCAGAGAUACCACAAUGAAGGAAAUGAUGCAUAUAUCGAAAUUAAAAGACUUUUUAAUCAGGUAUAUAUCACCAGCUAAGAAUGUAUAGGUUUUCAUAUUUGUAUAAU